CCUAACUCCCACACACAAUUGCUUCAGGCCAUGGCUGACAAAUCCGAUUGUUUCUUACACCGCGAUUUGAAGCCCCCGAAAGUUUGAAAUAGUGUCAGAAAGAGGUUUCGAUUAGCUUCGAUAUUCGUAGCAAUACAAUAACGAAGAAGUGAGUUUCUCAAGUUAUUCUCAAGCGUUUGACUGUGUUCCCACGACGCGUGCACUUUCGAUUGUCGUUGAUGUGUGGAACGAACGCGUCUGUUUCCUAACCUCGACCAGACGAUCGAGUCACCAUGACAGGUGGAAAUACCGCUGAAAAAUCAGCUAAUAAUCCUUUGGAGCAGUUCGUGCUGCUUGCAAAAACUGCGAAAGGCGCCGCCGCCAUAGAGUUAAUAAGGCAAGCCGUCGAAACGCCUGGCGUUCAUGUUUUUGGCGAAUUAUUGGAUAUGCCAAACAUCAAAGAAUUAGAGAACGGUCCUUAUGUCCAAUAUUGGAAUACUUUGAAUCUAUUUGCGUAUGGCACCUAUAAAGAUUAUCUGGAGAAUAAAGAGAAAGUAUUAGAGUUAACUCCUACGCAAAAAAAGAAGCUUCAGCAUCUCACAAUUGUCACUCUAGCCACGAAAAACAAAUGUAUACCCUACUCGGUAUUAUUGGAAGAGUUAGACAUAAAGAAUGUUAGAGAUCUGGAGGACUUGAUUAUUGAAGCAAUAUAUGCCGAUAUAAUCCAUGGAAAGUUAGAUCAGAAAAAUUCACAGUUAGAAGUAGAUUAUGCUGGUUUAGGACGAGAUGUUCGGCCAGGUGAUACCGGUGUAGUAGCAGAGACAUUAGCUGCCUGGGGUGAAGCGUGCGAUACAGUUCUAUCUUGUAUCGAACAGCAAAUAUCUAGAGCUAAUGUCGAGAAACAAAAGGCUACUUAUCAUAAAGAAAGAAUACAGAGAGAUAUUACUAAUAUAAAGAAAUCCCUCGCCGCUCAAGCAGGAGGUGGAGGCAUUCAAGAAGCUGAUAUUGCUGGUGGUAGUUCUGGUGCAGGAGGAAGCGAAGCGGGUAGAGAAGCCAUGCCAGUACUCUCAGAAAAGAAGAAGUUACAGAAAGUCAAAUGUAUCAAAGUCAGUGGGCGUGAAGAAUUUAAUUAGGAUUUGACGAUUCUCUAGAUGAAUUUGAUAAAUAAUGCAACGUGUAUUGCAUAUUUAUCAAUGCAUACGUGCCUACCCAUUGCCAGUUAUCACAUAAAACGGUAUGCCCAUUGUGACGAGUUGGCUUACGUGUACUUCCAACAAUAGUACCGUUCGUACUGUUUGCGUUCAGACUUUACAGAUUCUCAUUUUGUAAGGAUUUGUAGUCGCUAAACGAUUUACUGACGGAAUGCGUAACUAGUCCGAGAGGUCGUUUGAAGAAAAUUGUAUAUUCAAAAAAUUGUAAAGGUAUGCCACUGAUGUAGCUUAGCAAAAAAAAAUGUCAGUCGUCCGUUAAAGCGUUGUAAUUGCUAUUCGAAUAAAAAGAUAAUAUAUUUUAGCGAG